AUGGCGGCCGUGUCAAGCGGAGGUGCUGCUGGGUCCGCUGCGGCCGGGAUUACGCACUCUGCCCGACCGACCCACGCAGUAAUGGGCUCCCAGAACCGAGCCCAGCCAUCCUCCGGGAUCAGCCACUCCAGUCGUACCAGCACGGCCACUGGGUGCAUCACCAAUCCUGGCCACACUUCGGCCAACAGGCCCCCCCCAGCCCGAGUGGGCCACUAUGAAAUCGAGCGGACCAUUGGCAAGGGAAAUUUCGCGGUUGUUAAACUAGCCACACACAUCAUUACCAAAGCAAAGGUGGCUAUAAAAAUAGUGGAUAAGACCCAGCUGGACGAUGAGAACCUGAAAAAGAUCUUCAGAGAGGUGCAAAUCAUGAAGUUGCUGAAGCACCCCCACAUCAUCCGCCUCUACCAGGUGAUGGAGACGGAGAGGAUGAUCUAUCUGGUCACAGAGUACGCUAGCGGUGGAGAGAUAUUCGACCACCUGGUGGCUCACGGGCGUAUGGCAGAGAAGGACGCCAGAAAGAAGUUCAAGCAGAUUGUGGCAGCAGUCCAUUUCUGUCACUGUCGCAACAUCGUCCACAGAGACUUAAAGGCUGAGAAUCUGCUCCUGGACCACAACCUCAACAUCAAAAUCGCAGAUUUUGGCUUCAGUAACCUGUUUUCUCGAGGCCAGCUGUUGAAGACAUGGUGUGGCAGCCCUCCCUAUGCUGCACCAGAACUCUUUGAGGGCAAGGAGUAUGACGGACCGAAAGUAGAUAUAUGGAGCUUAGGUGUGGUGUUGUAUGUGUUGGUGUGCGGCGCCCUGCCUUUUGAUGGCAGCACUCUACAAAAUUUGCGGGCACGUGUCCUCAGCGGCAAGUUCCGUAUCCCCUUCUUCAUGUCCACAGACUGUGAGUACUUGAUCAGACACAUGUUAGUUCUGGAGCCCAGCAGACGGUUAACCAUGGAGCAGAUCUGUAAGAACAAGUGGAUGAGACAAGGAGACCCAGAUCCAGACUUCGACAGGUUGAUAGCAGAAUGUGAGCAGGUGAAGACAGAGAGAGACACAGAGCUCAUCAAUGAGCAGGUGCUGAUAGCCAUGUCUGAGAUGGGCCUGGACCGAGAACGCACGCUUCAGUCCCUACAAACAGAUGCAUAUGAUCACUACAGUGCCAUCUACAGUCUACUGGCUGACCGCCUCAAGAAACACAAGACCCUGCGUGUUGCCCAGCCCACGCCGCGCUCCAUUUAUCCCCUUAAUGCUGUACAGCAGACAGAUCCACAGGGUAAUCCUGUUAGCAUGACCGUUCCCCAUGUCCAGCUCAUCAACCCAGAGAACCAGAUUGUUGAGCCGGAUGGCAGCAUGGCACUGGACAGUGAUGAAGGAGAGGAGCCGUCUCCUGAGGCCAUGGCUCGCUACCUUUCAAUGAGGCGGCACACUGUGGGGGUACCAGACCAAAGGACAGAGAUGCAGGAGGACCUCCAGAAACUGCCACCGGGUUUCCCACGCGGUGCAGUGCCCCAGCCUCCUUUCCCCCCACUGGCCCCCACUAUGGGCCAAAUGCACACUCUCAUGCCCACACAGAGCCUGCAGCCCACACAGCAGCUGGAGUACAAGGAGCAGUCGUUGCUGCAGCCACCUACUCUGCAACUGCUCAAUGGCAUGGGGCCUCUGGGUCGAAGAGCUUCCGACGGUGGGGCUAACAUUCAACUACACGCUCAGCUCCUCAAGAGGCCCCGGGGGCCCUCACCACUUGUCGCCAGCCCACACCCGAUCCCUGCAGUAGCUCCGGUGGAUGAGGAGGGUUCGGAUGGAGAGCCAGACCAAGAGGCGGUACAGAGGUACCUGGCGAACCGCUCCAAGCGGCACACGACGCACGCGCUAAUGAGCACAUCGCAUGGCGAGCCCUCGGCAGAGUCACAGCGGCCCCAGGGCCCCCGCCAGAGGGGGGGCUGGGCCCCCGACAUACACACCCGAUCCAGCUAUAAGGACUGUAACACCCUUCAUCUCCCCAUGGAGCGCUUCUCACCUGUCAGACGGUUCUCUGACGGCGCCGCCACCAUCCAGGCCUUCAAGGCUCAUCUAGAGAACAGCAGCCUCAUUAAGCAACUCAAGCAGGAGUGUGAGCAGCUCCAGAAAAUGUACGCUGCCCAGCAGGAUGAGCGACUCCUGGAGCACACCCAGCAGCAGCAUAUCCUCUACCAGCAAGAGCAACAAAUCCUCCACCAGCAAAUCCAGGGUCUGUCUUUAGGCCAUGGAGAGAGCCAGCCUAGUCACCUAACCCACCAGCUCCAGAGGUUGCGUAUCCAGCCCUCCAGCCCUCCGCCAACACAUCCCAGCAACCACCUCUUCAGACAGCCCAAUCAGAGCCCUCCGCCUGGCUCUGCAGGCAUAAUGCAAGGGCAUGGAGGUCCAUCACCAGUGCAGUACCAGCACGGUGCUCCAGCGCUCUACCAGGGCCAGAGUGGCAGCCCACCUCCCACAGCCCUGCCUCGAGUCACUCUACCGACAAAUCAACAAGCACCAUCUGCCCGCCCCACUGUCCCAUUGGCACAGGCGGUACCUCAACAACAGCAGGUGACCAUUCAGGUGCAAGAAGUCGAGCUGGGAGGUGGGGCACAGAGACAGGGCAGCUUUCUGUCCACGCCAGGGGGACACAGGGUCCUCGGGAAGCAGCUGAGCGCAGACAACGCCGAGAUGCACAGUCGCAGCCUUGGCCGCUUCACAUCGGGCUACGACCAGGCCCAUUUCAAUCCCCACCUCUUCUCUGGCGACGCAGCUGCCUCUCGGGGCGCUUCCGGGGUGGUUGGCUCUUUUAGUCCCUACCUGCAGGGAGCCUCUCUCAAAGUCCCCAGCCUGGAGGGUUACCAGAGCGGGGCGGUGGGGACUGGCAGCUAUGGCACCCCCUCUACACUACAGCAGGCCCUGCUCUCCCCAACUCCUUUGGACUACCGCCCCCCACAACAGCACGUCACUCCCACCCUGCAGGGCCUCCUGUCCCCCCGCCACUCUUUAACAGGCCAUGCUGAUCCCAGGCUGCCCCCCCAAGACCUGGCUGCCCUGCUGAAGAGGCAGAGCCCCCGCCCAUGUCCAGCACCCCCCACACCACCCAGCGGUCCACCCCAAGAGUAUGGAGAGAUGCUGCUUCUCCACCAGCUGAGCCAGGGUGAGAGCUUGGAGCCACCGGCGCCACAAGGUGCCUCCGGAGGCCAGCACUACCUCCACCUACUCCAGAUUCGAACCCCGGAGGUCCAGCCUCAGCAGCACCCAGCCCAGGCACCUUGCUCCAGCUUACCUCACUCGGAGAGCAUGGAGGAGGAUGAGGUGCCGGCUGGCUACCACCACCCACACGAGGGCUUGCUGGCCAAGGCGGCAGAAGGUCAUGAGCUCCUGGGGCCUCCCCGAGGAGGCACCCCACCCUACAGCUCCCCUACACACAGGCAUGGCGGCUACAUAAGGAGUGCUCAAGCAACUAGAGAACCUGAGCAUGUGGAGUGCAGGCCCCCGGGGCAGGCCAUGGAGGUGCCUGAUCAUAAUGGUGUGGGCUAUUCACGAGGUCCCCAGGGUGACGCCUAUAGGUCCCGUGGACAGCUACAGCGCCACCACACCAUCCAGACCUGUGAUGAUGCCUAUGACCAGGCAGAGCCCAUGUCUGGGAUGAGCCUUUUGGCUGGAAAGGCAUUAAGCUCCGCUCGCAUGUCAGACAUCCUCAGCCAGACGUCACUGACAGGAAGCCAGCAGCUGCACCAGCGGGAAGAGUCAGUGUGUGAUGUCGAAGGGGACCUCCACGCGGCAGCCUGCUACCCCUCCUCCUGCACCAGUGACAUGCUCCUCAGCUACAAGCCCCCUGACCUGCAGUACAGCAUGGAGCAGGCUGGGGUCUAGCACAGGAAAGUGUGUAUCCUGUGUACAGCGGUCCAUAUCAGCCAUCCUGAGUUGUGUUGACUUGAGUUGAGCAGCAUCACGCCAAACCACCGUCGUUUGCCCAAACAGGGGGCACUCUACGUCCAUCUGUCUGUCUCCAUCUGUCCGUGGGAGGGCAG